UAAAAGCUUAAGGUGAAUACAAAACAAAUAUCAUUCACCCAACACAUUUUUGACCAAGUCAAUCACUUCACGCAAUACAAAAUGUUCAAAUUGGCAAUUUUUGUCUUGGCCGUUGUUGCCUGCGUCUGUGGAAAACCAGGAAUUGUUGCUCCAAUUGCAUACAGUGCUCCAGUUGUAGCUGCUGCUCCAGCUGUUGUUACUGCCUCCAGCUCCCAGGUUGUUGCCCGCAAUUAUAAUGGAAUUGCUGCUGCUCCAGUCGUUGCCGCCGCUCCAUUUGUAGCUGCUGCUCCAGCCGUAGUAACCGCCAAGAGUUCUCAAGUUGUUGCUCGUAACUACAAUGGAAUUGCUGCUGCUCCAGUCGUCGCUGCUGCUGCUCCUGUUGCAUACACUGCUCAAGCUGUAGCUGCACCACUCGCCUACUCCGCUGCCAUUACUGCCCCAAUUGCUCCUUUGGCAUAUUCAGCUCCGUUGAAAUACGCUGCUGCUCCUGUUUUCUUGUAAAUUUGUAAAAAAUAGAUAUAAUUUAGCUA